GACUAAAAAAUGACAAGAGCUGCAGGACCAGUUUCCCUAAACAAAGAGGAGAAAGGCAGGGCUGGAAGCAGCUGACAUAUGUCGGCCUCAAAAGACAAAGCAAAUUACAGAAUGUGGUAGAGGAAACCUUAAGAAAGACGGGACACAACUGUGGAUUACUACACCUGGAUAUCAGAGUGGUGCAUCACCGCUCCAACUGGGGAGGACAGAGACAGAAAGGAGGAAAAAAGGAAGGAGAGGAGAGGGAUAAGGAGCAGGUGAGGAGGGUGGAGUUAAGAAAACAUUGACGGUGGAACGUAGACAAACAGAGAGCAGCACAUUGAUCCCUUGAGCCUGACCUAUCGCCUGAGAAAAACAAGACAAUGAAGAGCUGAACGGCACGACAGAACCCAGACUCGUCCUUCAGGUGGGAGGAAUGUAUGAAAAGUGCCUAACUGCAUGAAGGAGGGAAGCAUGAGCCUGUAAUAACAGGAUCUAACAUUUUCUUUGGGAUAUAAGAGACAACCGAAGGAGCUGAGGAUGUCUUCAUUAUCAGACGCAGACUCCCACUGCCAACAUGGAGAUACAAUCUGCGAGAUCCGUGUCUAUGAGCAGGAGGUGAUCAUAGUGCCCAUCUUGCUGCUGGCCAGCUUCCUGGUUACGCUGGUCUUCAUCUUACUGCUGCGCUUUUGUCCAGAGAAAGUUGACCGGAUCCGUCCACAGGCCUCAAAGUCGGCCUCCAGGAGGGUGCUGCAUGGUAUCGAUGCUCCACCAGGUAUCAAUGUCCUGGAGCAUGAAAGCAUCGCUCUGGACAUGCCCAGUUCCUACUCCACCUUCCACCCCCCAAACACCUACUCCUCAAAAAACCCCUCCAUGUCUGUGAGCACACUCUCUCUCCCACCCAACCCCCACCCACAGCCGCUCAUGCCUAGUUUCACUCCAAUUGUCCAGCCCAGGGAGUUGCCCCGCCAGAGGUUGCCCGAGUCCUUCAACCUGGUCUCCCCUCUGCCUUCUGCCUUCUCCGUGCGCUCCGACUCCUCUGUGUCCCUCUACAGGGCCCGUAUGGAAAACAGGAAUGUGGUACUGCGGGUGCUAAACGAUUCGGCUGACGCUGAAGAAAGACACAGCUUCCUGGGUUUUGCAUCCUUCUUGGCCCAGCUCGGACCCCAUCCAUUCCUGCCAGAGCUUCUCGGCGUGGUCUCCUUGCGGGCUCCUCUGGUGACAGUUGUGGAGGAGCUGGAGAACAGAGACCUGCUCAGCUUCCUGUGGAGAUGCAGGCAGGAACGUGUGGAUCCUCCAUGUGAGAUGACUGAGAGACGAAUAUUUACCAUGGCCAAACAGGUGGCCUCAGCCCUGGAGUUCCUACACAGCAAAGACCUUGUCCACGGAAACCUCCGUGCCCACAGCGUACUGGUCAGCAAGGAGUUCACGGCCAAGCUUUGGGGUCUGCAUGGGGUCUACACAAGGAAGAACCAGGGAGCCACUCAGAGGGAUGAUCCCAGCAUGAAGAAAUGGCAGGCACCAGAGGUGUUAGCCAAGAGGCCUGCCAGUCAGAGCAGUGACAUCUGGUCAUUUGGCAUCUUACUGUAUGAAAUGGCAACACUGGGUGAAGCUCCGUUUGCAGAAAUCUCAGUUAAUGAACUUCUUCAGUUUCAUCAACGAGGGAAAAGUCUGAAAAAACCUUCCAACUGCUCUAACACGCUGUACUCCAUCAUUAAGGGUUGCUGCCAUUGGAAGGAUCAAGAUCGUCCCUCCCUGGCUGACGUGAGCCGAAAGCUCGUCUCAGGAGAGAAGAAUGCCUCUGACAAACUCCUCAAGGUGCCUGGGACAGUCAACAUCGAGCAGUACCUGCAGGAAGCAGGAUAUGGGGAAACAAACAGCUACACUGUUUUCUGAGCACUGCUCGUACUAGAAAAACAAAUUGCACUAUUUCUCAAGCACCCUAGUGGUGCACUUUUCCUACACAAGUCUUUCAGGUGCAAUAAAAGUGUUCCAAGAUCUGUUUACAAGUGCUUUGGGCACUGAAAUUUAUGUACGCUCAUACUUCAGGUUCAUGCAACAAAAAUGAUGAAAAGUCUUAUAUGUUAAAUAAGUUAUUUACUUUUGGGAAACAUGCAUUUUAAUCCAAGACCUCAACUGUGGGGAAAUACUGUACAUCUAGUAGACUUUUCAGAUAUGUAAACUUGAUGAACGUACAGUUGUUGCAUCCUGAACUUGUAGUUGAUACUGUAAAUAUAUGAUAUUUUACACGUUUACAUCCUAAAGCCAAUGUAUAUUAAAAGUUAAUAUGUUAUUACUACAUUUUUGUAUUAUUCCGUAUCAGGCAUAGCUGUGGAAAUGAAGGACAUAAUGCAAUUGAAUUAUUAAUACAUUCAAUGUUUUCUCUAUAAGCUCAGUUCACGGAGACAGAUAGCUUUAAGCAAGAAAUGAACUGAACUGUUUACAUUUGAAUAAAUAAUCAUUAUGGGGCCUGGAAUGACCUUUUCUUUUUCUCA